GGUAACCCCACCGCUUCCCCGCCCCUUCCAUGCAACAAUAAGCCUCCAGUCCGUGGGGCACUGCAACACCUCUGGCAGAUCUGUAAGAGACUUAGCUCUCUAUAUACUAGGAAUAAAGGCCGAAGCUUGGUAGCCAACUAGCCAUGGGGAACAACAAGGUCGCUGUUCUCAGUAUCUCCGCCAUCGUCCUCGUGGCCGUCGUCGCCACGGUGGCAGUCACCGUUUCUAACCGCCGCUCCCAAUCCGCUGACCCUCAGCUCUCAACCUCCGUGAAGAAUGUCCAAGAUUUCUGCCGGCCGACGGACUACAAGGAAACCUGCGAGAACACGCUGUCGUCCGUGGCGGGUCCCGACGCCGACCCCAAGGAGCUCCUCAAUUUGGCCUUCAACAUCACCGUCAAACACAUCAACGACGCCAUCGAUCACUCCACGGUGCUGUCGGAGGCUGCCAAGGACCCCAGCACCUCGGAGGCCCUCGAGAAUUGCCGUGAGCUUCUCGACUAUGCCAUCGAUGACCUCAGACGGUCGGUUGACCGGCUCGGCGACUUCUCCGUCGCCAACCUCGAUAAGUUCCUCGACGACCUCAAGAUAUGGCUCAGCGCCACCAUCACCUACCAGGAGACGUGCGUCGAUGGCUUCGAGGGCACCACCACCAACGCUGGAGAGUCCAUGCGGAAGAUGCUCAACAGCUCCUCCGAGCUGACCAGCAACAUUUUGGCCAUCGUCAACAACUUCGACGAUACCUUGUCCUCGCUCAAUCUCCCAAUCAACCGCAAGCUCCUCGCUGAGGGAUACCCGUCGUACGUCACCCCCGGCAAGAGAAGGCUGCUCGCGACCAGCACGGCGGAUCUGAAACCCAACGUCGUAGUAGCUCAGGAUGGCAGCGGCGACGUCAAGACCAUUGGCGAGGCCAUCUCCCGCGUCCCAAAUAAGGGCGCCGAUAUCUUCAUCAUUCACAUCAAGGAAGGAGAGUACAAGGAGAAAGUACACGUCAACAAGAGCGCCACCAACGUGAUGUUGAUCGGCGAUGGGCCAACAAAGACUAAGAUCACCGGCAGCCUCAACUACGUAGAUGGCACCCGGACCUUCGACACCGCCACUGUUGCCGUCGUCGGAGAUGGAUUCGUCGCCAAGGACCUCUGGAUCGAGAAUUCUGCUGGCGCCGAAAAGCAUCAGGCGGUAGCCCUCCGGGUACAGUCCGACAUGUCCGUCUUCUACAACUGCCGGAUCGACGGGUAUCAGGACACGCUCUACGUUCACACCCACCGCCAGUUCUACCGCGACUGCACCAUCUCCGGCACCAUCGACUUCAUCUUCGGGGACUCCGCCUCCAUCUUCCAGAACUGCCUGAUUCUGGCAAGGAAGCCGCUCGACAACCAGCAGAACAUCGUGACGGCGCAGGGACGCAAGAUGCGGCAGCAGGCCUCCGCCAUCAUCCUCCACAACUGCACCAUCAGCGCCGACCCCGCCUACUACGACUUCCGCACCAAGCUGCCCACCUUCCUCGGCCGGCCAUGGAAGAUGUACUCGAGGACCUUCAUAUUGCAGUCCCAGAUCGACGACCUGAUCCACCCCGACGGGUGGCUGCCCUGGUUCGGUGACUUCGGGCUCAACACGUGCUUCUACACCGAGGUCGACAACCGUGGACCCGGCGCCGACAAGAGCAAGAGGGUGACGUGGAAGGGGGUGAAGAACAUCGACUACGCUCACGCGAAGAAGUUCAGCGUCCAGCAGUUCCUCCACGGUGGCAAAUGGCUGCCCAGGACCGGCGUCCCCUUCACUGCCGAGCUGCUGCCGGAAGGAUCCCUGAAGUAAUCAACCAAGCUCUUGGAACCGGAAUAGCUAAAUCUCAUCAUGAUUCAAAGGAGGUUUUGCCCUUCUGUAGUUGCCUUUGCAUGGAUGUACUGUUAAAGAAGACGAUGCUCUUCUGGUGAACUAAGUGCCUCUAUUUUUACUA